UUUGUAAUAAAAGUAAACAGCUAGUGGUCAUAUGUACUCGUAUUGAAAAAGUUUCGAUUCUUUAAUGAUAAUUUUUCUUAUCACUGAUUAAAGUUGGGAAUUGUUCUAGAAUACUGCCUUUUACAUUCGUAAUUUACUUAAUUAAUUUCGUCGAAAUGCUCUUUAUAUUAUUAAUUUUAAAUUUUUUUGAUAGAUAUAAAUUGCUUUAAUGAUCCGAAAAAAGGACUGAGUUUCAUAACCGUUUGGGACCACCUGCUCGACAUUUAUAAUGGCUUUAACGCUCAUCAUCUCUGGAUUAAUUUCUCUUAUUUUGAUUUUCUCUUCUUCCUAUUAUAAAGUGUGUUCUGUUAUUUGUAAUUUUAUAAUUGUAAGAAGACUGAGAGUUUGCAUUAGUAUGUAUCGGAAUUCAAAAAUUUCUUUGACGCAACAGAAAUAUUUGGGUAAAGACCAUUUAAUCGAAUUACUUAUCUGUGUUUUUCUCAUUUGUGCUCAUGUUAUUCCUUUUUUUUCUGGAUACAUUGGAAAGGAUUUUGUGCUUGACAAUUUGAAGAUGUUUAUAAUCACUUUUUUUAUUUGGUCUGGAAUAUUUUUUCUGCGGAAAUUAUCAGAUUCUGAAGUAUCAUAUUUAAUUGCAGCCAAUAAUUUGAAUUCGGGCUAUGGUUGUGCUAUCUGGUACUACAAGAACUACUUGUGUAGAAUUUUGCCUGACAAUUUUUCAAUGACAGCAGAACAGUUUAAGACUAAAGAAGGGAUACAACUUCCUAAUAAACUAUAUAUACUUUUUCCCAAGUCUUGCAAAGUGAAAAAAUAUAUUGACAAAUCUGAUUGCAUUGAGUAUACAAAAAAUUUUCUUGCUUUUAAACUUGAUCAUGGUGGAAUCAAAGCUCGAGAAUACCAUAUUUCUGUAUACAGAAUUGACUAUAAUGGAAAAUUCUUCUAUUGUGCUCUGGAAUAUGCACAGCCACUCAAAAAUCUCAGAGCUUUGAAAGAAAAUGGGAAAAUGCCUUUAUCUGAAAUGUAUGCUGAAAGAGAUUCCUUCAUAAAAAAUUUAACGCAGAUGCUGCAGGAUCGGGAAAAUUCAUUUGAAGUAUGUGAACUUGUUGAAUAUGAUGAUGAAAAUUCGGAGCUUCAUGAUAUUUUAUCGAACUUACCCUCAGUGCAAAAAUAUAAACGCCAAACAAUAGAAUAACUUCACCAUAAAAAUUAUUACCUGUUAUGAACAUAUUUUAUUUGUUAACUUUGUUAUUUGUUAUUAAUAAAAAAAAUAUGAACUUGAAA